AUGAAACAACGGAAGCAGAACGACUCAGAGAAUGGUGUUAACAUCACUCGAGGCAUUACGCGAUCGAUGACCACACGUCAUCGAAACUCAUUGACGCUUCCUGUUGAGGUUGUUACAGAGAUAUUCUCGAGGUUGCCGUCGAAGUCCAUAGCGAGAUGUCGUUGCGUAUGCAAGCUCUGGUCCUCCAUGCUUCGUCGUCAAGACUUCACAGAGCUGUUCUUGACAAAAUCUUGUGCUCACCCUCGGCUUCUUUUCGCAUGCGAAGAUGGCAACGAGCAGUUUCUAUACGAAAAGAAAAACGACAGCGAGUUUCUCUUCUUCUCGUCGCCUCAGCCUCACAAUCCGGAAGAGAACUCGUAUGUCGUAGCCGUCAAUAAUCUUGCGUGUUUCCCAAGUUCCUACCAACUGUUUGGUUGCACCUGUGGUUUCUUGUGUUAUGGAGCUAACUUGAUCCUCAAGGCGAGAAAAAAGCGAGCGUAUGUCACGGUGAUAUGUAACCCUAGCACGGGACAGUCCUUGAUCUUGCCUACAUUGAAGUCGAGCAAGACGUCUGGAAUAGAAAGCUAUCUUGGAUAUGACCCCGUUUCUAAAGAGUUCAAGGUAUUGUCUGUACGUUAUGAUGGUUGGAUCUCUAAGGAGCACCAAGUUCUGACAUUAGGAACCAAGAAAUUGUCAUGGAGGUUGGUCGAGUGUUGCGUACCGCAUUCUACUUCUCGUAAGUGGAUAUGCAUCAGUGGUGUGUUGUACUACAUAGCCAGGACUUCAGAGGAUUAUUAUAUGGUAGUUUGUUUUGAUUUGAGGACUGAGAAGUUCAGCUUUGUGAAGUUCAGUAGAGCACUGCCUGGUUCAGCAACGCUGAUAAACUACAAUGGCAGAUUAGGUUUGCUUAUGUCGUUGGAAGAUUUUGGUAAUGUUAGUCGAUCAAGUAAAAGUAUUGAACUGUGGGUUCUUGGGGACGCUGCAAAAAAUGAAUGGUCCGAGCAUGUUUACAUGUUACCUGAUUUUUGGAAGGAUGUAGUUGCGGAGAGCAUGUGCAUUGCUGGAAUGGUUGGUACACAUGAAAUCAUAUUGUCUCCGUGCUACCAAUACGUGCCUUCCUAUGUCAUCUACUUCCAUGUGGAGAGCAAAACGAUUAGAAAAGUUGGUAUUCAAGGAAUGGAGGCGUUUCAGGGUAAUAGAUGCUACACCUAUCUCAACUACGUCGAGAAUGUCAAGCUUCUUUAA